CCAGGGUAUUCCAAAAGUGUUUGUAAAAAUCCGCUGGUAACCCGUCCAUACCCGGUGCUUUGCCUGAGGCCAUGUGUUUUACUGCAGAGGUUAGCUCCUCCAUGGUAAUGUCGAGGCUCAGGGCAUCCCGAUCUGCUGGGCUCAGUUGAGGAAGGUCCUGCAGGAGUUCAGCUGCAGCCUCUCCAUCACAUUGUUCCGCUCGAAACAGCUCUGAGUAAAAGAACACUGCAUGCCUCCUCAUCUCAGCGGGGUCUGAGGUUAACCCCCCAUCAGGCAGACAGAGACACACCAUUUGUUUUUUUUGGCCUUCUGACUUCUCCAGGUUAAAGAAGAAGGUUGUUGGUGCAUCAAUGUCCUUGAUGGCAGUGAAGUGGGCUCAGACCAGGGCUCCUUUGGCUUUCUCCAGGAGGAAGGAGUUCAGCUGCUGUUUUUUGGAGAGCAGCUGCUCAGGGUUCCCCACAGGCACACCCUCCAGCUCCCCGAUCUCUGCCUCCAGUUGGUCCAUGGCCCUCCGGACGUCAGCAGUGGAGUAGGCGGUGUACUGCUGGCAGAACACCCUAAUCUGUCCCUUUCCUACCUCCCACCACUGACCUAGAGAGGGGAAAUCCUCCUUCCUUGACCUCCAUUCAGCCCAAAAUAAUUUAAAAUUAUUACAAAAGUUAAAAUCAUGUAAAAGCUUAACAUUAAAAUGCCAGAAUGACCUGGACUUUCCAGGAGAGGUUAAAACCAUUUCUAAUAAAACUAAGUGAUGGUCUGUGAAGCCAACAGGAUGGAUUUGACACCUGGCUGCACGACUGCUAAAAGAAGAGGACAUAUAAAAUCUGUCGAGUCUGGCUGCACUGACCAUGCCGUCAGAGACUCUCACCCAAGUGUACUGUUUAUCGGUGGGAUGUUUUAACCUCCAGAUGUCGACCAGGUUAAACUCCGUCAACAUCUGAGCCAGGAAAGAGGAUGAUUGGGACUGGAGCUCCUGCCCUAUCCUGUCUAAGGUGCCAUCCGUACAGCAGUUCCAGUCCCCUCCCAUUAUUAUGCACUCUCCCUGACUGCUGCUGUUCCCUAAAACGUUUUUUAAUAAAUUAAAUAAAACUAAACGUUCAGAGCUUUGAUUGGGUGCAUAGAUAUUAAGAAAGGUGAAAGCAAACCCCAGAAUUUCCACCUUCACCAUCAAAGCUCUUCCCGCCAUGAUUUCUGAGCUGGAUAAAAUGUUUACCUGUAAGGAGGGGGAGAAUAAAAUACCCACCCCAGCACUCCGGUUGGAGCCAUGGCUGAGUGCGUACUGCCCCCCCCCACCAAAUUCCCCAGUCUGUCUCAUUAACAAUGUCACUGUGUGUUUCCUGUAGAAAGACGACCUCUAUCUUUUUCUGUCUAAUAAUUUCAGACACUAGAGCUCUUUUCUGUGGACUUCUACCCCCAUUAAUAUUUAAAGAUGCAACUGUAAAGGGCUGCAGGUGAGGAGAAGACAGACAGAGCAGCAGGAAAGACAGACCAACACAGCAAAGAGAAAACACCUGGUAUUGUACAAUCAUUCUGGAUUACUUGGAAACUUUCCUUUUUUUCAAUAUCUGUUUACCUUUAAGAAUUUUCCUCACAUUAGACACAUGCUUUUUGAGGCGAUACCUUUUUUUAUUACAUAAAAACUCCUUACCUACGACCUUCUGCAGAGUGUCCACAGACCGGACAAACUUCUGCAUAUCUGGGAAAUAGUCUGUGACCUCCACUGAUCUCCCAUAGGUGUCAUCUAGAAACUCUGUCACCUCCUCAAGAGAGUAUAGGUCUGGAUUUAUUGACACACUGUCUGCUACAGAGACACAAUCAGAGUCUACAUCAGCAUCUGAGAAACCUACUGCCUGUUGACUGUGAGCUGGAGCAGGCCGAGAGUCAGUCCUCAGCUGCUGCGCCGUGCCAGCAGCCUCCUCCUGCAUCGGCUCACCUGCAGCAGCCCCACCCUGCUCAGGAGCGCAGGUCUCCGCCUGCCCUGCUGUGUGAGCCUCAUCCUGCUCCACACUGAUCUCAUCCUCACACUCUUCAGUCACACAACUCAAGGGCUGAUUUUUCACCAUUCCAGGUCCAAAACCCAAAACAGACUUUAGCGCCGCCCCGCGCACCGGGCCGGCGGCGGCCACCGCCAAGCCCGAGGGACCCGCGGCAGCCGCCGCCGGACCCACAGGAGCCGCGGCAGCCGCCGCCGAGCCCGAGGGACCCGCGGCAGCCGCCGCCGGACCCACGGGAGCCGCGGCAGCCGCCGCCGAGCCCGAGGGACCCGCGGCAGCCGCCGCCGGACCCACGGGAGCCGCCGCCGAGCCCGAGGGACCCGCGGCAGCCGCCGGACCCGCCACACCCGAGACGGCCGCAGCACUGCCCCACACCGGCCUACCGGCCCCACCGCUCACCUCCCUGCUGUCAUCUCCAGCGGGUCUCACCGUGUGCUGUCGGUGAGGACAAGCGACACGUUUAUGGCCCACGUCUCCACACUCAAAACACUUCAUACUCCCUGAGCUAG